AUGCCACUCUACUCCAAGUUUCUGAAAGAUAUGCUAACCAAGAAGGGAAAAUAUAUCCAUAGUGAUAAUAUUGUGGUGGAGGGAAACUGCAGUGCUGUUAUCCAAAGAAUCCUUCCCCCUAAAUACAAGGAUCCAGGGAGUGUCACAAUCCCUUACUCUAUUGGUGUGGUGUCUGUUGGGAAAUCCCUCAUUGAUUUGGGGGCCAACAUAAAUUUGAUGUCUCUCUCCAUGUGUAGAAGGAUUGGAGAGCUGGAAAUUAUGCCAACAAGAAUGACAUUGCAGCUGGCAGAUCGAUCUAUCACAAGGCCUUAUGGUGUAGUUGAAGAUGUUUUGGUCAAGGUGCGACAACUCACCUUCCCUGCAGACUUCGUGAUCAUGGAUAUUGAAGAGGAUGCUGAAGUCCCAUUGAUCUUGGGCCCUCCCUUCAUGUUAACCACCAAUUGUGUGGUGGAUAUGGGGAAAGGUAAUCUGCAAAUAGGAAUAGAUGAUCAGAAGAUCACAUUUGAUUUGUUUGAUGCCGAAAAGCACUCACUUGAUCUGAAUAUUUGUUCAAAGAUGGAUGAAGUUAAGAAUGAGAUGGUUUUGAUGGCUAGAGCCAAGCUUGGUCUAGACCCUUGA